AUGUUACAUUUAAACCAAAAACCUAGUAUCAACGAACAUGUAGUAAACACAGAUAAAGGUGAACAGAUAGCGACGACUUCAACAACAGCACAUGUCGCUAAUGAGACCGAUAACGUGUUGCUAGGUACUGCGGUAGUAGAAGUAUUCGGCUUAAACGGUGAAAAGACUUACGCCCGGGCAUUGCUCGAUUCGGGGUCUACUAAUCAUUUCAUUUGUUCGGAGUUGGUAAACAGUUUACAAUUAAAUAAACAUAAGACAAAUCAUAUUGUUUACGGUAUUGGGAAUUCAAAACAGAACGUGACGGCAACGGUAUCGUUAAGAAACAAAUCAGGCGUGAGCGAUUAUGAAAUAAACACGCAAUUAUUAAUUGUUCCAAAAAUCACGGGAGAUUUCCAAAAGGGUUAG